GGCUGAUGUCAUUUCAAAACUUCACUCACACUCCCAAGUCAACGCGACGAGUUGCUCACCUCCCCUUCUCCUGUGAAGUCCUCACGUCUGUCUGGCGAAGCACACUGAAGAAAAAACUACUGGAGGUGACAUAAACCAAAAGGAGACAUUAAUUCUUCAUCAAGACACGAAGCGGGAGGAUUUUCUACCAUAAACCCCGGGACCAGAGCCCCUCUUUCUGCGGGCAAAGGCGGCUCAACUUUUUUUUCCUUUUUUGAACUGCAGUUAAAACCAAAAUGAAUCGGAGCUUUAACAGAUCGCAACCACUGCGAAAUGUGGAUUGUAACGCGGUGGAAGUGAAAAGCAAGUACGGGGCUGAAUUUCGCCGCUUUUCUGUGGACCGGGUCAAGCCUGGCAAGUUUGAGGAGUUUUACAAGCUCAUCCUGCGCAUUCACCGCAUUGCCAAUAUGGAGGUGAUGAUCGGCUACGCUGACAUCCACGGGGAUUUGCUGCCGAUUAAUAAUGACGACAACUUCUGCAAGGCGGUGUCGACAGCUCACCCACUGCUCAGGAUCUUCAUACAGAGACAAGAAGAAGUCGACUACUCAAACUUCGGUACCAACACAAUCACUCGUAAGAAGAAGGCAGUGGUCGCGCUGCGCAACAAUGAUGUCAACCGAAAGCGGCCACACAUUCGCAUUGGCAUGCCACAGGACUUCCGGCCUGUCUCCUCCAUCAUCGACGUGGACAUCCUGCCUGAAUCUCACCGCCGUGUCCGACUGUAUCGCCACGGCUCAGACAAACCCCUCGGCUUCUACAUCAGAGAUGGAACCAGCGUGCGGGUGACGCCACACGGGCUUGAGAAAGUCCCCGGCAUCUUUAUUUCACGGCUGGUGCCUGGAGGGUUGGCGGAGAGCACCGGGCUGCUGGCGGUGAAUGAUGAGGUGUUGGAGGUGAACGGGAUUGAGGUUACCGGAAAGUCUUUAGAUCAGGUUACAGAUAUGAUGAUCGCCAACAGCCAUAAUCUGAUUGUUACGGUGAAGCCAGUGAACCAGCGGAAUAACGUUGUCCGCAGCAGCAGGAUCUCUGGAAGCUCAGGACAGUCGUCUGACAGCAGCGGAUCAACCGGUUACCCAAGUCUGUCUGUAGCUACAGCAGGAGUGACAUCGACUGGAGCGCACGCUUACCAAGAUGACCUGGAGAGCGAUGAAGAGACAGAUAUCGUCAUCGAGAGCAGCCUCAAGCGGCCAUCCCAGAGAUCCAACGCUUCCCUGGCAUCCACCGCGUCCCGCACACACCAGCAGACGCCAUCAACGACUCAAAAUCCAGCUGCACCUCCCAGUCCUCCCACACGUCCUUCAUCUGUCAUCUCCACCUCUUCCUUCCACUCUCAGCCCAGCCUCAACGGAGGCUCCCACCAUCACCACCAACACAGCAGCCUCAGCUACCAGCUUCACAGAGACCUGAACCUUCACCACCCUCAGUCCCAGCAGCGUCAUCACCACGUACAGCCUUCGCAUCACAGCAGCAACCCAGCACUGCGUCACAGCAACGGCAGCCUGCACAAAAUCCUCAGCUCCAUGAAAUCGGACCCACGACACAGUCUGGCUCUGCCCAGGGGAGGGGUGGAGGAAGACGGCACCGUCAUUACCCUAUAAUACAAAAAACUCAAACGGACAGAAACAUCCCAACUGCUCAGAGACUAAAACUGGAACACCAGGCUGGAUAAAAAUGAGCGUGACUCUGUUUGUAAGAUACUAAAUUUGUAACUUCUGUUUGUUUUUACUUACCAGGAAACAGGAAGGUGUAUUGUGUAAAUUUCUUGUACUUUUUUAAACUGUCUUAAAUGAGAAGAUUUGUUUGUAUGUUUGUACUAAGCAUCAGAACAAAGUGAUUUUAGGAGAGUCCACUGUAUGUUAGAGUUCUGAAUGUGCCUACAGUCUGAUACCUUUUCUUAGUGACCACUUUUAUUAAGAUCAUCUUUAUUCUUAUUACUGGGACCAAUGUGGGGUUUGCUUGUGGAUGUUUUUAAAGAGUAAAUCUAUAUUUCUAAUAUUCGGAUAAAUGCUGUGUAGAGUAUGUUUUUUUCAAUAGUUCUUUUAUGCAUUGAUGAUUGUGAUCAAAUCCUUCUAUCUGUCUCAAUAAAUUAUUCUCACAACUUUGCAAU